AUGCUAAACAUAUUCAAAUAAGUUCGUUAUUUUUCAUUCCAAAAACAAUCCACAUUUGCAUUCCCUUAAUUAACAUUCUAAGACCAGAAAUAUCCGACCAAAAUACAAAUAAAAAAGCAAUUAAAUGAGUAAGACUUUAACUAAUUUUAAUAUAAAUAAUUGACAAAAUAAAAUUAAUAAUAAUGGCUUUACCCUUCUACAUAAACUUAAUUAUUAGUAAAUUUUUGUAUACAAGAAGAAGAUUAGAAAAAAAAAUUAAAUAAAUUAUUUUCAUAAGGAGCUUAAUGUGUAAGAGCUUUACAUUCAAAACAAAUCGAUUAAGUAGAUUUAUUAUUUGAUCAAGAUUUCUCAUAAGAAGAAAUUUAGCAUUUUUUGAAAGGUUUUUUAUUAGCAAAUUACAAAUUUAAACUUGUUUAGGAAGAAAAAGCUUUAGUAAAUUAAGAAUCUGAAAAAGACUAAGAAAAUAAUGAUUUGAAAUUUUAACCAGUUUAAGAUAUAAAUAUACCAAAUUCAAGCCAAGAAGAAAUUGAUUUUGCCUAAAAAGUUGCUUUUUAUACUUUAUAUGCGCGUUAAUUAAGUAAUUUAAGGGCAAAUGUGGUUACUACAUCUUUUAUUUUGGAUGAAUGCAAAAUUUUGCAUUAGUAAAAUCUUUAAAAAAUCCAUUUAGAAUAUAUAUAAGGAGAUGAAUUAUUAAAAUAAGAUUUAAAUUUAAUACAUGCAGUUGGAAAAGCUUCAUAGAAUCCUCCGACUUUAAUCAAUCUCACAUAUAGAGGAAACCAGAAAAGCAAAGACAUUGAUAUUGCUUUUAUUGGAAAAGGUGUAUGCUUUGACGCUGGUGGUUUAAAUAUUAAACCUACAGGAUUUAUGGAAACAAUGUAUUAGGAUAAAUGUGGAGCUAUUAGUACUUUAAGUGCAUUUAGAGCAGCUGUUGAAUUAGAUUUGUAAGUAAAUUUAACUUGUACUUUGGGUGUUGUUGAAAAUUUCCUUUCUUCAAAUAGUUAUAGACCUUCUGAUAUUAUUAAAAGUCAUAAAGGGCUUACUGUUGAAAUCGGAAAUACUGAUGCUGAAGGAAGGCUUGUUUUAGCAGAUUGUAUGAGUUGGACUUAAUAAAAAUAUAAACCCAAAACUAUGAUUGAACUUUCGACUUUAACAGGAGCAUGUGUUGUCGCUUUAGGUGAAGAAAUGGCUGGAUUGUUUUCUAAUUGUGAUGAUUUGAGUAAAGAAUUCGAAGAUUUAAGUAAAGUUACAGGGGAAUUGUUAUGGAGAUUACCUAUUCAUAGUUCUCAUAGAAAAUAAAUGAAAGGAACUUUUAGUGAUUUAACUAAUAGUGGGAAGUCUAGGUACGGAGGAGCUAGCUCAGCUGCGGCAUUUUUGGAAAAUUUUGUUGAAAAAGAUGUAAAGUGGGUUCAUUUGGAUAUUGCUGGACCUGUUGAAAGUAAAUCUGAUUAAGGACAUUUGAGUGCUGGAAUGACUGGUUUCGGACCUAAAGCUCCCAAGAAAGUAACUAAAUAAGCGAACAAAAAAGUAGAAAAAAAAAGAAACCCCUUAUUCCAAAGCAGACCUAGAAGUUUCAGAGUAGGAGGAGAUAUUUAACCCGAAAGAGAUUUAACCAGAUUUGUAAGAUGGCAAAAAUAUGUAACACUUUAAAGAUAAAAACGUAUUUUACUAUAAAGACUUAAAGUACCUCCUUAAAUCCAUUAAUUCUCUCGUACUUUAGAUAAAAACCAUUCAACUAACUUGUUCAAAUUACUUUAAAAAUACAAACCUGAAACUCCUUAAGAAAAAAAACAAAGAUUAGUUGAAGCUGCUAACAACAAAGCUUAAGGAAAAAAAGUUGAUUAAAAGAAACCUUUUGUUUUAAAAUACGGUUUGAAUCACAUCACUACUUUAGUUGAAAAUAAAGAAGCCAGAUUAGUAGUUAUUGCUCAUGAUGUUGAUCCUAUUGAAAUCGUUAUUUUCCUUCCUUAACUAUGUAGAAAAUAAGGAAUUCCUUAUGCUUUAGUUAAAGGUAAAGCAGCUCUUGGUUAAUUAGUUAAUAAAAAAACUGCUACUGCUGUUGCUCUUACAAGUGUUAGACCUGAAGAUAAAGUUGCUCUUGAUAAUUUAGCUAGCACCUUCUUAACUAACUAUAACAAUAAUGAAGAAUUAAGAAAAACUUGGGGAGGAAAUAUUUUAGGUGCCAAAUCACAACAUAGAGUUGAUGCUUAAGCUUAAGCUGUUAAAGAUGAAUAACUCAAAAAAUCUAAACUUUGAUUACGAUAUUUUUAUUUUAUAAAAGUAUUUAUAUGUGCAUUCAUUUUUAUUAAUUUAGAGAAAAAAAUAAAAAAAUAUAUAUGUGUGUCAAUGCCAAUUUUUUAUUUAAAUAUUUAAUAUUUU